AUGGCAAGAACCAAGCAGACAGCUCGUAAAUCCACCGGUGGUAAAGCGCCGAGGAAGCAGCUCGCCACUAAGGCUGCCCGCAAGAGCGCCCCGGCUACCGGCGGUGUGAAGAAACCUCACCGUUACAGGCCAGGUACCGUGGCUCUGCGUGAAAUCCGCCGUUAUCAGAAGUCCACUGAGCUGCUCAUCCGCAAGCUGCCCUUCCAGCGCCUGGUUAGAGAGAUCGCUCAGGACUUUAAGACCGAUCUGCGCUUCCAGAGUUCUGCCGUCAUGGCUCUGCAGGAGGCCAGUGAGGCUUACCUGGUCGGUCUGUUCGAGGACACCAACCUGUGCGCCAUCCAUGCCAAGAGGGUGACCAUCAUGCCUAAGGACAUCCAGCUGGCCCGCCGUAUUCGCGGAGAGCGUGCUUAA